CAACUGUACUGUUAAGAACAAGAGAGAAGUUAGCUAGUGUAUCCGCAGAAAUGGACAGGGAAGCAGGCAUUAAUUAUGAACAUUUUUCAUUUGCUAUUGCAGCAGCUCUAUUAAAGGGGUUGAAAAAUCCAACGACAAAAUCAAGUACCCAAGCAGUACUAACUACAUUUUUGGACAUUGCCUCAAAAGGUAUAGAUCCUGAUUUAAAUUUGAUUCAUUCAUCAAUGCUAGGAUAUCUAGCAGCUUUAUUACCUUUAUCCGCCAAAAAUGGGGAUAUGAAAGAGUUGCUAUGGUUGUGUGGAAUCUUUGACAUGGACAUUGAUAAUUCAGAAUUAUCUACUACAUAUUUCGCGAUAUUUGAAAAACUCGAUAUACCUGAUAACAGAACAGCAUUGCUUUUGGUUUCAUUGAUGGUUACAAUGCUUCACAAUGCAGAACAUGAGCCCGAACGAUUGUUUUUAUACGGAUUUCUGGCGGAAGCUGCGAGUAUGGUGCCAGAAGUCUUUUCUUUAUUCUUUGACGUAUUACAACCCAAAAUGAUUCAAAUUGUCACUAAUAGUGACACGAUCGCGAUAUUAGAUGCCGUACAGUCCAUAUUACUCGCCGUUGCUUCUGUACCACAAUUAGCAAGACCACCAGAAAAUCAUAUUUCAUAUUUGGAAGAAGUCAAGUUUAAUAACUUGAUGGAUUGUGGAUCCUUCCAAUCAGUUACUAGAGAAAAGACUAGAGAAAAGAUGAAAAAUAAUGCUAGGUUGGCUAGUGAAUUAGUGGACUGUAUUAUUAGUCCAGAUUAA